AUGACCGUGGGCGAGCGGACCGAACUUCUGCAGUUCCUCAGCCGCGAGAUGCCCAUCGAGCUGGACGAGGACUACCUGGAUCCGAAAGUCGUCGCCGUCAUCGACCACAACCUACCCAGCGGGCUCGACUUCAUCCAUGGCAUGUUCGCCUCCCUGCAGAAGCAGCCUGAAGAGUGCGCCAUCUGCUACGACGACAUGGUAUCCCCUGCACACAUUGCGAACGGCACAAACAUCACCUUCUGCCCGAAGGACUGCCCGAUUGGCAACAACAACUGCUGGCAUCGAUACCACAAGCGAUGGAUCCUGGCCGCCUACAAAGUGACGCAGAAGUCAGGCUACCACUAUCCAACGGCUGAUGAAGGAGAGCCAACCAUGCACACUUGCCCGCUGGGAUGUCAGUGGUUCAUGUGGUCACGCGAGCUUGUCGACGCUGAGUUGGUGAAGGGCUGGAUGUCGGAGCGGUGGAGAGAAGAGUUGGAGACGCCGUCGACCAAGCCUAUCCUCGACAUCACCGCUAACCACGGCUUCUUCCUAGGCCUGGACGAGUGGAAAACUCCAGCAGUCCAGGGGACCGGGCUGAGGUUCUGGGUCUGCCGCGACGCUCUGAACCUUCUGCAGAAGCUGUGGCCAGAGUUCUACGCCAUGCAACAGAAUCUUGAGAUGGAAGGGUACUGGAAGCUUAAGUACGAUGAAGACCAGGUGCGACAGUGGGACCAGGCGUAUGGUGCGCUGCGGUGCGCUGGAAGCAAAGGCCUUGAGUGA